AUGCCAACCUUUGAUAAAAAAUCAGCUACCCCUACCAAAUUUAGCGCAAUGUCUGCAACAACACUUAUCGAACCCACAGAAUUUUCCCUUGAAGCAAAAAAAUUUUCCCGCCUUCUAAAAUCGAGACCUUGUCCAAUUUAUACCAAUGUCAUCAUCCCAGACAUCACAUCCGAAAAUCAAGAGAGUAAUAGUGGAAUUAUAUCACCCAUACCAUCGGGUCAUCUUGAAACUUCCACCAGAUUUUGGCAAUUUAAGGUUGAAGAAGGCCUCACCACUUACGUUCGCUAUGGUAACAUCCGUGCUGAUGGCACCCUCAAGGAAAGGGCAACCCACAUCCAACAACAUUAUUGUUUUGGUGAUGCCAAACAAUUUGUCGAGAAUUUGAUUGAUGAAAAGAUUAAGGCCGGCUAUGUGGGUUGGGCUCGUUGGUAA